AUGCCUUUCACCAAGUUGGUCAAGAACAGCGCCUACUUCAGCCGAUACCAGGUCAAGUACAAGCGUCGCCGAUCUGGUAAGACCGACUACUACGCUCGCAAGCGCCUCAUCACCCAGGCCAAGAACAAGUACAAUGCGCCAAAGUACCGCCUGGUCGUCCGCUUCACCAACCGGGACAUCAUCGCCCAGAUCGUCACCUCUGAGCUCACCGGCGACAAGGUCUUUGUCGCUGCCUACGGCCACGAGCUGAAGCGCUACGGCGUCACCCACGGUCUCACCAACUGGGCCGCUGCCUACUGUGUCGGUCUGCUCAUCGCCCGUCGCGCCCUCAACAAGCUCGAGCUCGAGGACACCUUCACCGGCGUUGAGGAGGCUGAUGGCGAGUUCACCGAAACCCAGCCAGAGGAGGUUGAUGGCGAGACCCGCCGCCCAUUCAAGGUCUUCCUCGACGUCGGUCUCACCCGCACCAGCACCGGUGCUCGUGUCUUUGGCGCCAUGAAGGGUGCCUCUGACGGCGGUCUCUACGUUCCUCACUCUGAGAAGCGUUUCCCAGGUUACGACAUUGAGACUAAGGAGCUGGACGCGGAGACUCUGCGCAAGUACAUCUUCGCUGGUCACGUUGCCGAGUACAUGGAGACUCUUGCCGACGACGAUGAGGAGCGCUACAAGUCGCAGUUCUCUGGCUACAUUGAUGACGAGAUUGAGGCGGAUGGUCUCGAGGAGCUGUACCAGGAAGCUCACAAGGCCAUUCGUGAGGACCCAUGGAAGAAAGACGAGGAUGCGGGCGAGAAGAAGACCAAGGAGGAGUGGAAGGCCGAGUCACAAAAGUACAAGCUCAAGAAGCUCACACACGAGGAGCGUCGCCAACGCGUGCAGGAGAAGAUCAAGACCCUUGCCCAGGAGCUGUAA